AUGAUUAAAAGAAGGAAGAGAACGAAUAAAUGUGUUAGUUGUAGAAGGUUGAAGAUUUCAUGUAAUGAAGACAAACCCAGUUGUGACUAUUGUGUUUCCACCAACAGGGAAUGUGUUUAUGAACCACUAGUCAGCGUUCCCACUCCCAAGCCAGUGGUGAAAAGGAAAUCUACUCGGAAGUUGAAAUAUUCAUUAGACAAUGGGCCAACGACAAAUCCUUCCAAUAGCAUAAGUGAAAGCGUCGGAGAUUCAUUGGUUGUUAGUGAGACUUCAAGAGGAGCAAUAGGCAGGGAAGAAGAUUUCCUUCUCGAUAAUUUACAUCCCCAAAACAAUGACAUCAUCAAUACACAAUUGGCUUUGGCGACAUCAGACUUCAAUUCCAUGACAUAUCAACUAGGAAUGACCAGAUUCGAGUUACGUUUGACUAAAUUUUUCAGUAGCUACUUUCUUGACAAAAGAAUUGAAAUUCAUCAACUAGAUGAAGGUUUGAGAAGUAGAAUCAUAUCCAAAUGGAACUCAAAUAAAACUUUACAGAAUAUAAUUUAUGGCAUAUCGACAAUGUUAUUAUACAAGGAAUGUGAUGUCAGUAAGAUAUUGACAGAAGAUAAGGAAGUUGAUUCAAAAAUGAAUGCUGACUUUAGAAUAAUAACCAACAAUAACAGAUUGGACUUGUAUCUCAAAUCUUUGAACUACUUCCAAGAAAUGAUCAAACUAAUGCAACAGAAAAUCGACGAGUUGAUACAUUCGGACAACAAUUUCGGAUCAUUAGAGGAUGGUAUAGAACAUGUAAUCAUUUCGAUCUUGAUGUUUCUUUUCAUUUUGAUGGAACCUUUCAAGUUAGUCCCUUUGAUUUCGUUUGAUAAUGAACCUGAUGUCUUGGUAUUCUGUGCUGGUAUAUCUCAUUCCAUUUUCCCUAUAUCUGAAAAAUUGAUGUUCUUAACCCACGACAGGAAAAAUUUAGCAAAAUACAAAGAUAUAAUGCUUAUUUUCCAAGAUGAUCUCUCCCACAAGGAAGUCAACUACCCAUUGACACGUCAAUUACUCGGAGAUUUUCAUCUGUGUCGAAUUGCUGAUGGUUUCAAGAUAUUUCCUGGAGAGGAAAGCGAAUUGUCAAUGAAUGAUAUUCACCAUGCUUAUCUUUUGCCCAUUUACAGGUUAGAUGUUUGCAUAGAUAAGGUCAUGAAAUUGAAUAAUUCAACUUAUUUAUUCCGCUGGAUUUUUCUCAUGACAAAGGUGUCAUAUAAUAGAAUGAAAGAAAAAGACUUCUUUGGCUUGAAACUACUAUUUAUUUAUUGUUGUGUCUGUCUUUGGUGUGGUAUCGAUUAUUAUAACAAGAAUGACUCGAAUCCAUUGGUUGAUUAUGUAUUGUUCUACAAAAAGCAUAACUUUGAUACUUACGGUGAGUGGAAACAGCCAAGUGACAAGUUCUAUUACGAACUUACCAUAGACCAACAGUUUGUUUUCCCUAAUUAUUCUUUCGAUAUUUUGAACCAUUUCACGCCCGAGUCGUACCUGGUAUGA